AUGAAAGCGUGGACACAUGAAGUAUAUGCAGGGAAAAAAACCCUGGGAGAUGUUGAUAUGGCUGGAAAAAGAGUUUUUUUACGUGUAGAUUAUAAUGUGCCGAUGAAGGAUGGGGCUGUUCUUGAUAAAACCAAGAUCCAGAGAAGCAUUGGAACAAUUGAGUAUUUGCUACGGAAGAAGGUACAAAGUAUAAUAAUUGCAUCGCACUUGGGGAGACCAGAGUCUGAGGAAGACCCAAACAACCCGAAAGACAAAACAAUGCUUCCUAUUUUAUGUGCAUUGAACGAGUGUCUUAAAGAUGCAGAGGUAAAGAUUCAGUUUGAAUUUGAGUAUGUCUCUAGGGAGAAGGUGCGAAGCCCUUGGGUUCUUCUGCAAAACAUGCGUACGCUUGCUGUUGAGAAGGACUCUUCUGAUGUGGAGAGCCGGGAGCUAUUCGAUGAGUUUAUUAAGAAUAAUUGCGAUAUAAUGGUGAAUGACGCAUUUGCAGUUCUUCAUCGAGCGGACUAUUCUGUUACACAGGUUAAGCUAGAGAAGGUAGCCGGGCUUUUGCUAGACUCGGAAAUGCAGGGAGUAAGCAUGCUGUUGAGGAAUACUCGGCCAACCCAGGACCACUCGCCAUUCUCAAGUGUUUCCAACAGAGAGGUAGAGAAAUUCUUGCGAGUGGGCAGAAAUCCAAAGAACUUCCACAUAAAUGAGAAAAAGCCAAUAGAUCUGUUAAUCAUCGGAGGGUGCAAGCUAGAGGAUAAAAUCAAAAUGGUAAAAAAUCUAUCCAAAAUAACAUCAAAUAUCUUUCUUGGCGGACUGCUAGCAGUACCUUUUCUAGAGCACCCAGCAUCUUCCAUGGUGGAGGACUUAGUAGAAAGUGCUAUUUUUGAGCAAAUUUCUCUUUUCUAUCCGCUUGAUUACAUACUGGAGGACCUCUCCAUAGUUUCUUAUAAAGAAGCCAGAAAGCACGUAUCCAGUAUAAAGGACAUUGGGCCAAUGACGGAAAACAUGCUAAAUGAUCUUCUUGCACAAACCAGGUCGCUUUUCUGGAAUGGAACACUUGGACAGGCAGAAAUAAAAGAGUAUGCGCACGGAACAGAAACUGCGCUAGAGUCAGUGAGGGCUAGGAGGCAGGCUCUUCACAAGCAAGGCGAACAAUCACUUCUAUGUGCAGGAGGAGGAGAUACCUGCGGAUACAUAAAUACGGCUGGAUAUGCUGAUGCAUUUGAUCUUAUACUAACGGGAGGCGGCGCCACUCUUGCAGCGCUCCAAGGAGAUAUCCUACAUGGAAUAUAUGCUCUGUCAGAAAGGGAUUAGUAAAUCAUUCUUAAGCCAUGUAACAC